AAGUCAACAAAAACUGUCUUAUCUAAUUAGAGAAAACUCCUAGUAUUAUUAAAGCAUAACCAGCGUCCAUCAAAAUCACCAACUCCCAACGCCCAAUCACCAAAGUGUGAACGAGGUUUUUGCUAUCGUGUCUUGCCUUACUUGGCAAUCCCUAUCAAUGUCGUUACUUUCAAUAUCUCUUUCACUCGUUUCUGUUAAUGCCAAACAUUUUGUUUCCACCUAUUUAUCAAUUCCUUUAUACAGUCAAAUUUUACAACCCAAUUCUUACACCCUUUGAUGAUAAAUGGAUCUUCACGUUUCCCAAUUGUGUCUGCUCCACCAUCCUUCAAGGGGCUUUCUUACUGAAUUUUCUUCAACCAAACCAUGCUUUUUUCAGCAUACUAGCUGCUGGGAACCUAGGUUAGGAUUGUAGAUUAAAUUUAACGUUCUCAAUUUGUUAGGAUUGAAUAAGAGAUCUGGUUUAUAUGGGUUCAGGUGUGUAGCUACAAGAUCUUGAAUUGGUAUCUGGCGUUUGCUAUGAGUUGCAGGUGCUUUGGUUUGUUUGAUUGGUUCAAAGGAAGGAAUAGCCGUGACCAGACACAAGCUCAAGAGUUUGCCACCGACAAUAUAAGGCUCUUUUCUUAUAAUUCGUUGAGAUCAGCAACAUCAGAUUUCCAUCCGUCAAACAGGAUCGGUGGAGGUGGUUUUGGAGUUGUCUAUAGGGGAGUUUUGAGGGACGGUACUCCGGCAGCCAUUAAGACUCUCUCUGCAGAGUCUAAGCAAGGAUUGCGUGAAUUUGUGACAGAGAUUGAUAUGAUAUCAAACAUACGACAUCCAAACCUUGUUGAACUAAUUGGUUGUUGCGUUGAUGACAAUCAUCGGGUCUUAGUUUAUGAAUAUCUGGAGAAUAACAGCCUUGCCAGUGUUCUACUCAGUCCGAGAAGUAAAUAUAUUGCUCUGGAUUGGCCUACGAGAGCUGCUAUUUGCUUAGGUACAGCUUCUGGUCUUGCAUUUCUUCAUUAUGAAGCGGUACCACAUAUUGUCCACAGGGAUAUUAAAGCUAGUAAUAUACUUCUUGAUGGAAAUUUUCAUCCUAAAAUUGGGGAUUUCGGGCUAGCUAAGCUUUUCCCGGACAAUGUCACUCAUAUCAGCACUGCAGUAGCUGGAACAGUUGGAUAUUUGGCCCCGGAGUAUGCCCUUUUAGGACAGCUAACCAUGAAGGCAGAUGUAUACAGCUUUGGGGUGCUCUUGCUUGAAAUAGUUAGUGGUAGAAGUAGUAGUAAGGCAGGAUUUGGAGCGGAAUUAAUGCUUCUGGUUGAAUGGACGUGGAAACUCAAAGAAGAAGAAAGGCUUCUAGAUAUUGUUGAUCCAGAACUGACCCGAUAUCCAGAAGAUGAGGUGAUGCGGUUCAUCAAGGUUGCCCUCUUUUGCACACAAGCAGCUGCACACCAAAGACCUACUAUGAAGCAAGUGGUGCAAAUGCUUUCUAAAGAUGUGCACCUUAAUGAGAAGGUGCUAACCGAGCCAGGCGUUUAUAAGGGGCACACCUCUCCUCACUUGGGGGUUGGUAGUUCAGAGACAUCAUCGUCUUUGAAGACCAAAGGCAAGCAAUCGGUUGAUCCUUCUUCCUCAACCAACAUUUUUAGCUCUCACGGAAUCCCAGCAGGUAGUGACCAGAAGUUCAAAGGUAUUGAUUCCAUGUCCAUAGCACCCAUUCGUGAUUUGUGUAAUUAAUGAGAAAUUAGUGUAUCCAAAAUUGGUCAUCACUCAUCAAGGCAAGUGCUAAUCGGGAAAUUUUAUUAUUUUGUUUUCUUUUAUUUUUUUUCCAAUUUGAACAAGUUAAAAAGAUGCAAAGAGAAUUUGAAACUAGUCCGGGCUCGGCGAAGAUAUACCAUAAAUGAACAAGGAGGCUAUCUGGUUGAGCAUGGGAAGGAGCAUAUUCGAGCCCACUGGCUUAAAAACUAGUAAUUUCCAUUUCCGGGUACUGUUUUUCAAUGUCGUUGUGGCAGAGGGGUGGGGGGGAAGAAGUUCUGCACCCGACGGAAGGAACAGUAGCUCAACUUAUAACCUCCAUGGAAAGCAU